AUGGAGAAGGAGAAAAAUCGCAGUACUCGCAAGCAAAAUUAUCAACCAGCCAUUAAUAUUCAGCGAUCACCGGCUAACUCUCCACGAUUACUAAGAAGCAAAAGCGGAAUGUCACUUCCCGAAAUCCACACCUACUCAUCAACAGACCCAGUACCAAGUCUUGUCAAUCGGUCAAAAUCAACGACGAAAAUGAGAACUUAUAGAGGUGAAGAAAAUGUUAGCCCAUUGAUGAGAAGCCCAAACUAUACACAAAUCAAGACGACUAAAAAGUCGUCUCAAGAAAAUGGAGAUCAUAAUUAUAGUUUUGGUAAAUUUUUACAACGCAAUAAUCAGAGUAAGAUUACUAAUUCUUCUUCUGCAUGGGCAUUGUCACCAGGACGUCCAUUGCCUAAUUCGACUGCAUCUCAAUUGCCUAAUACGGUCCCUAAGUCGCCUAGCACUAGAAAAUUGAAAGCGGAGUCUAAGGAGAGUAGUGGUAGUCGAAGUGGUGUUGUUGGGGUUUUGAAGUAUUUUAAGCAGAGAAAAGUGUCACCUGUAUUAGAAGAAGAUUUUCAUCAAUAUAGGAUUAUGAAUAAUAGGUUGGUACAAUGGAGGUUUGCCAAUGCUCGUGCUGAGGCUUCUAUGGCUACAAUCAAGAGGGUUGCACAGGUAAAUUCUGAAUUCUUCAAUGCCUAG